GGGUCAUAGUUUACGCCUGCGGCCCGGUCGGGAGGAGGAGGCGGCGGCAGUGAGGAGAUUGAUCCAUGUGGAGCGGGAGCGGUAGCGCGAGAACACCAGAGCUACGACCGUUGAGAUCUCGAAGCGAGGCCGCGUGGACUCCAACUGCCUCAACAUGAAGGGUAGCCGGAUUGAGCUGGGAGAUGUGACACCACACAACAUUAAACAGCUGAAACGGUUGAACCAGGUCAUCUUUCCCGUCAGCUACAAUGAUAAAUUCUACAAAGAUGUGCUAGAGGUUGGAGAGCUUGCUAAACUUGCAUACUUCAAUGACAUAGCAGUGGGUGCAGUUUGCUGUAGAGUGGAUCACUCUCAAAAUCAGAAGAGGCUUUAUAUCAUGACCCUAGGGUGCCUGGCUCCAUACCGUCGACUUGGAAUAGGGACAAAAAUGUUGAACCAUGUUUUAAACAUAUGUGAAAAAGAAGGUACCUUUGAUAACAUCUAUUUGCAUGUUCAGAUCAGCAAUGAAUCUGCCAUCGAUUUUUACAGGAAGUUUGGAUUUGAAAUUAUAGAAACAAAAAAGAAUUAUUAUAAGAGAAUAGAACCAGCGGAUGCACAUGUGCUUCAGAAAAAUCUCAAAAGCUCCUCCCCUGGUCAGAGCCCCAUUGUCCAGAAAGCUGAUUAAACAUACCACACCAAGACUUUAACAGAUGACCAGUGCUAGAAUCCAGUGGCACCAUGGUUACGACUUUCUUAAGAAAAAAUGUAAACUUAUUAUUCAAAGGUUGCAUUUAUUUUGCAGGUGAAGUUCUUUGAAAUUUUACUGGCUAUUUUUUUUUCAUAUUAGUUAUUCAACCAAAAAGAGACUGACAAAAUUACCAUUGUCCUAAUGAUUGCCAACGUUAGCCUAUACACCAUUUGCAUAAUAUGGUGAAAAAGUUAACAAGCAAAAAUUUCAACAGAUUCUUUUUCCAUAAUUUAAGCAUAAAUUAUUUUUAUCUGAGUAUCAAUUCGGUUUUAAAGGGUAAACAAGGCUUCACCACCAUCAGAGAACUAUUGAUGACAACAUGCAUACAAUUUAAAUGACUUUGAAGAAAAUUUUCUGCACUGCAUUAUUGCAGUCAAUAAAACACUUUUGAAAAGAGAUGUUUCUAAUCAAAAAUAAAAAACACUGCACUGACUAAUUUGUCAAUGAUUUGCUUUAAGCAAAUUGUUGACACAGUUGUGUUCAAGUGGUUUUUUCCAUUGCCUUUCACUUGUUAUCUGGUCUUGCCCUUUGUGGCACUAGAGUUCUUGUGUUUUAAAAAAAGUUACCUGCAAAUGGCCCCAUUGGAUGAGUUAUCUGACAAAUAACUAUUGUUUUAAGAGGGCAAGCAUUUACAUCUUUGUUUUUCAGCUGUGAUGUUUUUUUUGACAAAUACAUUUCUGUAAUAGUGCUACCCAUGCACAUUGUCCACUACACAUCUGUUUUUUCAGUAACUUUAAAUGUUACAGGAACAGCAAUUGAUUGUGGGUAUAGCUAAGUGGCUGAUAGCUGAUUAUCCUGCCUAUACAGUGGUUCAGGUCUCACUUAAUGAAAAACAGUGAUAAAAUCUAAGGAAUAAAUGAUGUUUUGUCUCUGAAAUGUUAUGUCACAAAGUCCAUGAUGACCUCAUGGAAAUAAAACUAGAAGGAUCUGCCCUUUCCUUAUAGGGAAAAUGCAAGGUUUUUUUUUUUUUUUUAAGAACUAUUGGUGCUUGCAGUUUUCUCUUAACAUCUUUUGGUUUAUAAGGAGUGUUGUAUUGCAGUGCUAUAUUUUAGUUGUUAACCGAGUGCCAAGCACUAUUCAACCACAUAUAGGAAUGGGGUUUACACAGAUUAGGACAUUUCUAAAAGGAGAUAUUUUUUUGCUUAGCGUGCCAUAUUAGUUUAACCAGGCCACUGAUCAACUUCAGGUUACAUGGAUUCAAAAGCCAUUACAGCAGUGUUGAUAAUAAGUGAAUUUGUUAUGCAAGGAAGCAUUUUUCUACUGUAGGAAGCCCACUCACUCAAAGCAAACUUUCAAUUCAGUUCAAGUGUUACAGAUUUCAAAAGACUUGGAAAAAUGCUGCAAAGAUAAUAAGUAACAAAACUUGGUUUAUAUUCAAAGUACCCUACACAAAUUCGAUCAUAAAAGGGCUAAGUUAAGUAACUCCUAUUGCUGUGGUCUCCUUUUGAAUGAUUUUUUAUAUAGCCUAACCAAACUAAGCACACACAAUAAUGUGUGUGAGGUGAUCUAAUCAUUGGAUGUGGAAGACUCAUUCAUGGACCAGCAGUUGCACAGUUUAUGGUUAAACUCCUGUACCAUUUAAAUGUUCUAAAGAUGGAAUAGCUCUUUGCAAUCUUUGGUGUGAUGUUCUCUUCCCCAUUGUAAUUAAAGCAUGAAGUUUUUUUUGUUUUUUUGUUUUUUUUUUUUUCUUGAAAGAAUUUUAUCUUUUUCUGGAGCUCUAUAAUAUAAAACUUUUUAACUUCUAAAUAAAUGAAUACUAUUUGCAUUAUA